CUUUUGUUCAGAGAGCUUGCAUUUUGCAUUAAAAUUUUCUUCCAUACAUUUUGUUUGAAGGAGAGAACAAAUCACAAAAAAUGGCUCAAAUUUCCGCCGCAGUUGAUUCUGUUGCUGAAGAACUGGAGACGCUAGAGGUUCAAUAUCCUGGCUUUCGUGAAGUUCUUGAGCUGAAGCUGAUAUUCCUGGUCCAGUUUAUGCGGUGUCUAUCCUCUUGCGAGGGAGCUGAUGAAGAUGACAGUUUUAAAAGUGCUAACAAGGGCCUUGAAGAUGUACUUGCAGAAUCGGCUGCUACAACAAAUGAUAGUGAUGAGGAAGAUGAUUGUAUUCUAAGGCUGAUUGUUUGCUGAACAAAUUCGGGCACUUUAAGCCAAGGAUUAAACAGAUUUCUGAUCUUUUGUUGGACUCAAUGAAGUCUAUUACUCUCUCAAGUGAUGACAUUCUGACCUUGGUCAAUUGCCUUGUUCAGAAUCUCGAGGAUCUUUCCAACUUGAAUGCUAGUAUUAUUGUUUCUGUCAAGAAUCAACCCUUGGUUCUCCAAGAAAAGCUAAGUUUUCUGGGAACCCUUUUGGAUUUAUUUCCAAUAAGAUGUCCCAACCAUCAGAAAUCGAUACUGAAAGAUUUCAUGGUUUGCAUGAAGGAUUUAGUGCAUGAUGCAACAACUCUGUUCCUGUUUUGCUUUCAGAAAUGGAAUGAUGAAAAGAUGGCCCGAAAUUGGGGAAUUCUGCUUUCAGAUCUGCUACAGAAGUGCAUGUUCUGCACUCCGGAGAUGAUCAUAAGCCUCUUGAAAGCUUCAAAUUCAAUGAGAUCUGACAAGUUUCGAAACCGUCAACAUGUUGUCAGGCUUGUUAAUUUUCUACUGGAAGAUUUAGCUGAGCCUCUGAAGGAUUACGUUGAAGUCCUUAAAGAGGGUUUGAUAAUCAUGAUAACCUUCUCCAUGGAUCCAGAAGAGGCAGCUGUAACAGAUGCUGGAGAUGAAGUUUUCACACCAAUUUCUGCUGCCAUCAAUGAGGUACUAUCUCUCUUCUCCUCACUUUUAAUUGGCGAAUUAAGUGUGGAUAUUUCUAGUCUCCAUGGAAUGAUUGACAACUUGAAGUCAGAGAUUACAAAGCUUUAUGUCCCUAUCUUGAAUUCGUCAGACUUCCAUUUUCCAAGGACAAAUCGUAUGGGAUUUUUCGAUUUCUUCAUGGAAAAGUUACAGGAUAUGGUGAAGUAUCAUCUUGGUAAAAUAGCUUUUGCAAAGCACCAACUUGUGAUGGUUCAUGGGGAGCUUCUUUCCCUUGAACCAUUCCUCAAAAGCAACAUGGAGUUGCAAGAAGAGAGAGAUCUGGCAGAUUUGAAAGUCCUUUGGAUACGGCUUAUAGAUUUGGUAUUUCUAGCAGAACAUGUCAUCAGCUCCAACUUGAUUGCAGAUCAUCCUAUUUGGUAUGAUAUAUUACAGCUGUACCAUGUAAUAGAUGCAAUUAAGAUCAUUAAGCUUGAGGUGAAGAAGUACAGUGAUCUGAUGGAUAUGGCGGUAUUGACAUCUUCUAGCCACGUCCCUAUAAGACAAGACAGUCAUCCAAGACUUGAAGAUGUUGUGAUUGGUUUGGAAGAAGAGACACGCUCAAUAAUUGCUAAUCUGGAAAGUGGAACAAAGAAUCUUGAAAUUGUUUCUAUUAGCGGUUUGCCUGGUCUCGGCAAGACCACCAUAGCCAAAAAAGUUUACAAUCAUCGAUCUGUUGGUUAUCACUUCAGUAAACGGGCAUGGUGCUGUGUUUCCCUAGUGUAUAAUCGGAGGGAGAUGUUAUUUGACAUUUUGACCGAUGUCACUGGUGUUAAUGCCCGCGAAAGUUAUGCUAAAUCAACAGAUGACAAUGAUUUGGCUGAUAAACUCCGAAAAAUUUUGAAGCAGCAAAGGUAUCUCAUUGUUCUAGAUGACAUUUGGGACCUCAAAGCAUGGGAUAGCAUAAAACAUUCGCUUGGAGAUGACAAAAAUGGAAGUCGAAUCAUAUUUACCAGUCGAAUCGAUGAUUUGGCAUCAAAAGCGACGCCUCAAUGGAGUUUGCAUCGACUUCGACCACUUUCUGAUGAGGAGAGUUGGGAAUUAUUGAAAGUGAAGCUAUCCCAUGCACAUGAUUCCCCUCUCAAUCAUGAACGAUUAGAGAUAACUAAACAGAUUGCCGAAAACUGUAAGGGGUUACCUCUAACAGUAGUCUUGGUUGCAGGUAUUCUGCCAGGCAAGGAUAUUGAAUUUUGGAAAGAUGUGGGAUCGCAAGUAAGUAAUGGGUGCAUGGAUGUAAUUGAAUUAAGCUACAAGCAUCUACCAGAUAAACUGAGGCCAUGUUUCCUUUACUUUGGAGCAUUCCCGGAGGAUAGAGUUGUUAGAGCCCAAAAGCUGAUGAGUUUGUGGAUUGGAGAAGGAUUUAUACCUAGAGACGGAAAAAAGAGCUUAUUUAAAAUUGCAGAAGAUUACUUGUUUGAUCUAAUCAAUAGAAAUUUAGUAAUCAUUGAAGAAAGAAGUUCUAUUGGUGGCAUAAAAGCAUGUCGUGUUCAUGAUCUGCUUCACGAUUUUUGCUUGGUGAAAGCUCAAGACGAUAAGUUUCUACAAUUGUUGCAUGACAAGGAUAUUUCUCAUUCUUCCUUGAAAUUGAACCCCACAACAAGGAAUGAGAACUAUCGCCUGCGCAUUAAUGCUGAAUGGAUCAGAUUUGUGGAAACAAAACCUUCUGGACGAUAUGUCCGUUCUCUGGUGGUUGUUGGUGACGAGGAAGACGAAGAAUCGAAAGGAUUUCCAUGCCCCUCUGACAUUUUUAACAGCUUUAGGUUGCUUAAUGUUUUGGACUUGGAGUGCAUAAAGAUAGAUGCUCCAUUUCCUGAAGAAGUAACAUUGAUGGUUAAUCUGAGAUACCUUGCCAUUCAAUGUAAACGUGGAGAUCGCUAUGUCGUUCCAUCAUCCAUUGCCGAACUGUGGAAGUUGGAAAUUCUAAGAAUAGAGUCUCCUCCGGGAGGUAACCCUUUUCUUCCAAGAACCUUUUGGCUGAUGAAAAACUUGAGGCGCGUGAGCAUCGGCGUGGUGGUUUUAGGUGAUAGUCUUAAUGAUCAUGAAUACGGUCCAUUGGAGCACUUGGAAAAAUUCUCAACUCCGUAUCUUAGUUUGGGAAAUGAAACAGAGGAACUACUCGACAUGUUUCCAGGGCUUCGAAAUCUCAAAUGUAUUUUUCGGAAUAGUGUUGGGGUUAACCCUGAUUUUAAGGUUCCAAUAUUGAGCCGCCUGACUCAUCUUGAAUCACUGAAUGUAUAUGGAUCUAAGAAUCUAACCUUUGGCAAGAUUGACAAUCUCUCCCCUGCUUUUGAUUUGCCCAGAAGUCUCAGACGAUUGACACUGGCAAAGCUCAAGUUGCCGUGGACUGCAAUCUCAACAAUUGGGCAAUUGCCCAAUCUAGAGGUUCUCAAGUUAAGAUGGGAAGCACUUUCGGGAAGAAGUUGGGAUGUGGAAGACGGUGGGUUCCAGAACCUCAAGUACUUGGAACUCCGUGGUUUGGAUGUUGAAGAAUGGACUGUCCAAGAUGAACCGUUCCCGAGCCUUGAACAGCUUAGAGUGUAUAGAUGCCCCAAUCUUGGUGAGAUUCCAUCAGGUUUGGGAUCCAUUAUUACCUUGAAGAUGAUACAGAUCGCGUGGUGUACUUCUCAAGCCGCAAGAUCAGCCGAGGAAAUUCUUGAGCAACAGCUAGAAAUGAACAAUGACCUUCAAUUUGUUGCACGUCAUUGUAAUUAAUGAAGUUACUGUUUUGUUUUGGCUUCCAGCCUUCCGGGUUUGGAUUCACACUGAAUAUGUUGUAUACUCUAGAAACUUUGGGCUUUUACCCCUUAAUAGGAU